GUUGAGGAAGUCCAGCCUGUCGCAGGGGUUUCCUUCCUGGUCUGUUUGUUCUGAGAGUGAGAAACAAUUCAAAGUUGGCAGAUCAAAGCACGUGACUGAACGUCUUCAGAGACGAUUUAACAUUUUUCCUCAUUAAACAUUUCCAGCCCAGCAAACAUUGUGUGUCAUUAACUUAAAGCCCCCCCCCCAGUCAGUCUGGUUGAUAAGCAACAGCUUGAGGUCACAUGGGGGAGCAGCUCGGCACGUGAAGGACCGAAGCGAUGGCUCUUCGUGUGGCGGUUAUUGGAGCCGGCGGUUCGGGUCUCACCUGUAUAAAGACCUGCGUGGAGGAGGGCCUGGAGCCCGUCUGCUUUGAAAGCAGCGACGACAUCGGAGGCCUCUGGAACUUUAAGGAAGCUCCAGUGCCCCAGCGCUCCAGCAUCUAUCGCUCCCUGGUGGUCAACACCUCCAAAGAGAUGAUGUGUUUCAGUGACUUCCCGAUGCCCGCCGACUACCCGAACUUCAUGCACCACUCCCAGCUGCUGCGGUACCUCCGCCUCUACGCCGAGCGCUUCCAGCUGCUCCGACACGUCCGCUUGCAGACCACCGUGAAGAGAGUCAAACAGAGGCCGGAUUUCUGUACGUCAGGUCAGUGGGACGUUGUGACCACCAGCGGGGACGGAGAGGAGGAGCGUCACGUGUUCGAUGCCGUCCUGGUGUGCUCCGGCCACCACACCAGUUCAGCCUUACCGCUGCUGCACCUUCCAGGGUACGAGACGUUCUCUGGUCGGUGUCUUCACAGCUGGGAUUACAAAGACGGAGAUGCCUUCAGAGGAAAGAGGGUGGUAGUGGUCGGCAUCGGCAAUUCUGGAGGAGACAUCGCGGUGGAGAUCAGUCGAUCUGCAGAGCAGACGUUCCUCAGCACACGCCGGGGCUGCUGGGUAAUGGGCCGCAUGUCCAGUGGGGGUCUUCCCUUUGACAUGACCCUCAUCACCAGACUAAACAACACACUCUUGCAGCUUCUCCCCAAAUCUUUGCUGAACUGGACGGUGGAGAGAGAAGUCAACAGGAGAUACGACCACGGGCUGUAUGGCCUGAAGCCCCAUCACAGAAUUUUGGACCGAAGGACUUUGAUCAACGACGACCUCCCGGGUCGGAUCCUCCAGGGGGCGCUGCAGAUGAGAGUCCACCUGAAAGGAUUCACCCAGUCUGGGGUCCUGUUUGAAGACGGCAGCGUGGAGGAGAACAUUGACGCCGUGGUCUUCUGUACUGGUUAUGAUGGAAACUUUCCAUUCCUGCCUCCAGCCCUGUCUGGGGGGGCCCAUGAAGAGCUGGUUCUAUACAAGUCUCUGUUCCCUCCGUCUCUCUCUCCACCCACUCUGGCCAUGAUGGGGAUCUUCCGGACCAAAGGGCCCGUCAUCCCGCUGGUGGAGAUGCAGGCACGCUGGGCCGUGAAGGUCUUCUCCGGUCUGAGCCGCCUGCCCUCGGAGGAGGAGAUGCUGGAGGUCUUUGAGCGUGAGAAGAGGAGGAACAUGAAGAGCUACCCCUGCCCUCGGAAGGCGGCUCUGCAGGUGGACUACAUCCCGUAUCUGGACUUCAUGGCUGAGGAGGUCGGCGUGCGACCCAAUCUUCUGAAGCUGCUCCUGAGGGACCCGGGACUCUGGGCCCGGGUCUUCUUCGGCCCCUGCACGCCGUACCAGUUCCGUCUCCGGGGGCCCGGUCGGUGGGCCGGGGCCCGUCGGGCCAUCUUCACCCAGUGGGAGCGGGUGGCUCGGCCAUUCAGGACCAGGCCGGUACCAGGACCGGAAGGCGGAUUGACUCGGUGGCCCUUCCCCCGCCGGAUGCUCAUGUUGGCCGGAGCCGUAACGAUGGCCGUCUUCCUCUCCAGGAAGGAACCUCUCAGCUUCUGGACCGGAUCAAGGUGCUCCUGAGGGACUCCACUGGUUAACCAUGAGGAUCCAGAACCUGAUAUGUUUUGAUGUAGAACAUAAGAUCAUUCAUCAUAAAUCAACAUGAAAACAACCUGGAUUCAGUAAAUGAAUCACUGUAACAAAUGUCCCUGUUGAAUUACAGUAAUCUACUGGCAGAUGCAUUUCCUGUAAGCUACUGUAAUUUCACAGCAUACCUACUGUAAAUUACAACAACAGUAUUACAGUACAAUGCUGUAUAGAAACAGCAUUAUACUGUUAUUUUAGUGUUCCUACCCUAAUGCCCAUGAAAAGUUAACUACUGUAAAAUGUAUAUUUACAGUAUGACACUGUAAAACUAUACAUUUAACUGUGUAGUUCACAAUGAAUAAUUGCCAAACAUCUUUCUGUCGACACAAGACACAGACACAUAUUCCAGCCUUUAAACUGUCUUUAUUUUACUGCUAUUAAAACUACAACUACUACUGAUGUUACUACAAAUACUACUGUGACUAAUGGUAUUAGUAGUACAGCUGAUUAUACUAGCAGAGAUGCCUCAACGGGGCCCCGAGCUGAAGGGCUUCCUGAGGGACGUCAAUGACAAAAUAAUAAAACUGCUGUAGAAGCUGCAACGAAAUAUCAUGAUUUGAGGGGCCCUUCUUGCCU